AGAAAGCGAUACGAAUCAACUACUUUAGUCUUUCUAAAUUGAUAGUGACAAUAAAUAAAUAAAUUACAAGGAAUGCGCAGUCUAUACUUAUUACGUUUAUGUAAAAAAAAUUUCAUUUGUGAAUCAAGAUUUGCAAAGAUGGUAGUAACUACAUGAGUAAUUGUUAUCAAAAGUUUAAGAUAAAAAAUUUUAUUUGUGAACCAAUAUUAGUAUAGAUGGUAGUAACUACAUGAGUGUGCAGUCUACAAUAAUAAUUGGAUCUGCAGUUUAUCAUUAGAGUUACUUAUGAUAUAAGUUAUAUCAUUAUAUCAGUUAUAGUUUUUCGAUUGCAGUUACUGAAAUCUCUUUUAUUAGAUUUCUAAUUAAUUUCAAGAAAAUAAUUUGAAAAGUGUAAUAUAAUAAAUGUAUAUAAACAUAAAAUAUAAACCUUCUUUGGAGGAUAAAUAAAAAAUAAAAAUAACUUACAAUUAGAGAAGUAUUUGCUAAUAAGAAGAUUCAGACGACUUCUCAAGAAAAUUCCAUGCUGUAGAUGGCAACUGCCAUUUAUUGAUAGUACUUUAGAAGUCUGCUUUUCUUCGCAGGAGACAUGAUACCGUAGCAAUGAGUCUGAUGUAUACUAUAUUAAUGUUAACUGAGCAUCAGAACGUGCAGGAACGUGUCAGAAAUGAAGUUAAAGCAGCGAUGAAGAAAAACGGAGGAAAGCUUUCUAUAACAGCAUUGAACAAUUUAUUUUAUCUAGAAAGAUGUUUGAAAGAAUCGUUAAGAUUAUAUCCCAGUAUUCCUUUAAUAUCACGAAUCUUAUCAAAAGAUAUAAAAAUGCCAACGCAACACGGACUUAUCCUUCGAUGGAUGACCCCUCGCGGCUUGUCUCCGCGCGUAAAUAUAGUUCUCGCGUUGCUGCGUCAGCGUUAUACCGUGACAAAUAAUCUGGUACCUUCUGGAACAAUAAUGCAGAUUCAUAUCCAUGAUAUUCAUCGAAAUCCCGAUUUUUGGCCAAAUCCAGAUGUAUUCGAUCCAGAUAGAUUUUUGCCUGAAAAAAUUCAAAAACGUCAUCCUUAUUCCUACUUACCGUUUAGUGCAGGACCACGAAAUUGUAUAGGACAACGAUUUGCCAUGUUGGAACUGAAAGCUAUAAUGGCGUCGCUGAUACACAACUUUUAUUUGAAGCCUGUCGAUUAUAUAAAAGAUCUUCGGUUCAUGCAGGAUAUGGUAACUCGCGUUGCACAUCCAAUUCGUGUACGAUUUGUUCCAAUCGAACACUUACAAUCUGAAGUUAACAUAUAAUUUUAUUUGCCAAUAAAAUAAUUCACGCUUUCUAGUAAAGAAAUUUUUAGAUAAAAAUCUUUUAUACACUGUAAAUACAAUUUAAAAAAUUGAAUAAAUUUGUUUAAACAAAUAUUAUAUAAAGAUACGUUUGUUAAAAGGUCGAUAGCAAUUACAUUUGUAUAAUUGUUUAA